AUGGCGUCCAAACCCUUCUAUGCCGUGAUUGCUGGCGCUGGCACUGGCACGGGCCGAGCUGCCGCAGUUCGCUUUGCCAAGUCUUACCCAGUCGUUCUUCUUGCACGCAAACCCGAAAGCUACGAAGAGAUUGUCAAAGAGAUCAACGAGUCCGGCGGCCAGGCCAUCGGGAUCACCACGGAUGCCACUGACGCCAAGGCCCUGAGCUCGGCCUUCGAGACCGUAAAACAGAGGCUGCCUGAUUCAAAGCUGGCUGCCGCUAUCUACAACGUCAACGGCGGCUUCUCCCGGGUUCCGUUCCUUGAACUCAAGCUCGAGGAUCUGGAUGCCAGCCUCAACGUGGCGCCACGCGGCUUCGCUGUAUUCGCUCAGAGGACUCUGCCGCUUCUCCUUGAUUCCGUCUCAGACUCACCUCACCCGCCGACCCUGAUCAUCACAGGAGCUACAGCAUCGGUGAGAGGAUCCGCCCUGUUCGGGGGCUUUGCGGCUGGCAAGUUCGCCCUUCGCGCCCUUGGCCAAUCUCUUGCUCGGGAGUUCCACCCCAAGGGCGUCCACGUUGCCCACGCCAUCAUCGACGGUGGCAUCGACACACCGUGGGGCAAGGCCUACGAACCAAACAACGGUGCGCCUGACGGCAAGAUCAAGCCAGAACAAAUUGCGGAGGAUUACUGGCAUCUCCAUACACAGCACCGUUCAGGCUUCACACAGGAGAUCGACACCAGGCCCUACGUAGAGAAGUUCUGA